AUGAUUUCUACGUUAUUAUGUUCUUUUAGACGGCCUUUAUAUAUAAGUUCAUUGCAAAUAAUUCAAGCAAAGGGAUCUAAACAAUUUUCUACUUUUUUUUGUGAAAAAAAUGUUAAAUUAGCAAAGAAAUCAUUAAAUAUGUUUAGAAAUAUUUUUGUAAAAAAUAUUAAUUCAGAUAGGAAUUUUUCAGCUAGAUGUUUUUUUUUUAUGAUUAGAAACAGGAAAAUUCAGAUAUGUUCUAAUACUUUAAAUUAUGGAGUUUUAUCUGAUAUUUUUACUAAGAAGUAUUUUGAAGUUAGGAAAGAUAUAUUUCAAUUUCAAAAAAAACAGUCUAUAUUUACACACGAAACAGUUAAAAAUAAGGUUUUCUCUGAAGAAGUUACGAAGGACGUAUUGAAUAAUUUAAAAGAUGCACUAUCCCCAGCAGUUAUAUCUUUGCUUAAGCAUUACAAUAUUACCGAUUUUUCAGAGAUUAAAAAAACAGGUCCUCGUGGGAGAUUAUUAAAAGGUGAUAUUCUUGCAUAUGUUGGUGUAAUAGGGGAAGAUUCACCUUUAAAAUUGUUGAAAGUGCUUGAAGGAAAAGAAAAAUUGGUUUUUAACAAUGUAAAAACAAAAUUUAGUCGAUCUGCAAAACAUUCUAUUACUAUGAUAAAUAUUCCGGUUUCUCUUGAAUCUCUUUUAUCUAUGGAAAAAAAAAUUAAUGAAAAAUUAUUCAAAAUAAAUUUUUCAAAUUUAGUUAAUAAGGCUAUUUACAAGGCGUUUCAAAAUGUACCAUCGAUUGUUCUUAAAAAGAUAUCACAUCAGGAAAUUCUGUUUUCUAGUAUUUUAGGGGAAACACCAAAAUAUUAUGAUAACAUAAAUGUAAAUUAUAGGAAUUUUGAAUCUGAUUAUUUUAAAGAUAAGAAAACAUCUGUAAUAUGGGAAUUGCCUAAAAAUAUAAGAAUGGGAAAUACUAUUUUUCCAUCUUCUCUAUUUUUAACUAUAGAAAAAAUUCAUGAAAUCUCUAUACAAGACUCAAAAGGAUUUCAAAAGAAUUUGGAUAUAAUAGACUUUUUGAAUAAAGAACAGCCUCAUAAAUCAUCUCUACCUACUAAAAAAAACAUUCUUCAAUAUACAACAUUUAUAAGGAUGAAAUUUGAUAAAUCUUAUACAGAUAUUCGUGUUGCAAAAGCUUAUGUUAAUGAGUUAAAAAAGUAUUUAGAAGCACCAGAAGAAUUAUUAUUGUAA